UGACUGUCCAAGGCUGGCCUGAGGAACCCGCAGCCCACCUGUGCCCAUGGAUAAACGACUCUCGGUGCCCCACGAGUGUCGGGACUUCGUGCACAGCCUGAGGAUGAGGAGCAAAUAUGCUCUUUUCCUGGCUUUCGUGGUGGUGGUUUUUGUUUUCAUUGAAAAGGAAAAUAAAAUUAUAUCAAGGGUGUCGGACAAGCUGAAGCAGAUCCCCCAGGCUCUGGAAGAUGUCAAUGGAACUGACCCAGCCUUGGUCUUGGCUGAGAAUGCGUCUCUGUUGUCCCUGAGCGAGCUUGACUCUGCCUUCUCCCAGCUGCAGAGUCGCCUGCGAAACCUCAGCCGGCAGCUGGGAGUGGAGGCCGAAAGGGAGGAGGAGGUGGUGCCCCCUCGGCCCGCUGCAUCCCCGCCCCGGCGCCACGUGCUGCUCAUGGCCACCACGCGCACCGGCUCCUCCUUCGUGGGCGAGUUCUUCAACCAGCAGGGCAACAUCUUCUACCUCUUUGAGCCGCUGUGGCACGUGGAGCGCAGCGUGGCCUUCGAGCCCCAUGGCGCCAGCGCCGCUGGUUCGGCCCUGGUCUAUCGCAGCGUUCUCCAGCAGCUCUUCCUGUGCGACCUGUAUGCCCUGGAGCCCUUCAUCAGCCCCCUGCCCGAGCACCACCUGACGCCCUUCAUGUUCCGCCGGGGCUCCAGCCGCUCGCUCUGCGAGGACCCGGUGUGCACCCCCUUCGUCAAGAAGGUCUUCGAGAAGUACCACUGCAAGGACCGUCGCUGCGGGCCCCUCAACGUGACGCUGGCCGCCGAGGCCUGCCACCGCAAGGAGCACAUGGCCCUCAAGGCCGUGCGCAUCCGCCAGCUCGAGUUCCUGCAGCCGCUGGCCGAGGACCCCCGGCUGGACCUGCGCGUCAUCCAGCUGGUGCGAGACCCCCGGGCCGUGCUGGCCUCGCGCAUGGUGGCCUUCGCGGGCAAGUAUGAGACCUGGAAGAGGUGGCUCUCCGAGGGCCAGGACCAGCUGCAGGAGGAGGAGGUGCAGCGCCUGCGGAACAACUGCGAGAGCAUCCGCCUGUCCGCCGAGCUGGGGCUGCGCCAGCCCGCCUGGCUGCGCGGCCGCUACAUGCUCGUGCGCUACGAGGAUGUGGCGCGCUGGCCGCUGCAGAAGGCGCGCGAGAUGUACCGCUUCGCGGGCAUCCCCCUGACCCCGCAGGUGGAGGACUGGAUCCAGAAGAACACGCAGGCGGCCCGGGACGGCAGCGGCAUCUACUCCACGCAGAAGAAUUCCUCGGAGCAGUUCGAGAAGUGGCGCUUCAGCAUACCCUUCAAGCUGGCGCAGGUGGUGCAAGCCGCCUGCGGCCGCGCCAUGCACCUCUUCGGCUACAGACUGGCGCAGGACGCUGCCUCCCUCACCAACCGCUCGCUCAGCCUGCUGGAGGAACGUGGCACCUUCUGGGUCACGUAGGACGUCUGGGGGACCCAUUCCCCUCCUC